GAAAAGAAAAAAUGAAAAAAAAAUGCGUGAUUCACUUUUUGUUGUGGAAAGUUGAAGUUGAUAAAACAAUAAUGCCGGCGAACAGUUGAGCAUGAGUUUGUGAGUCAACCCAGUACCAAAUUCCGGCGAUCCCGGAUCGGAUCGGAGUUGGAAAAUGGCGGACGCUGCAGUUACGUUCCUCCUGGAAAACGUGGCCCAGCUGGUGAGGCACCGAUUCAAUCUCAUCGCCGGCGCGGAAGGUGAACUGGAGCUGUUAAAGAAGGAUCUGGAGUCGUUGAAGGCCUUCCUCCGCCACGCGGCCAGGAUGCCGGACAAGCCCGAAGGAUUCCGAGAUAUAGAGGGGCGGAUCAGAGAUGUCGUGUAUGAAGCUGAAGACAACAUCGACUCUUGCACCUCCCACGCUACAGCAGCGAUCAACAAGAAUGCCAUCCGCCGGCGUUUAAGUUCAAAGCGAGUCAACCUGGCCGAACAAGUCAAGUUACUUAGACAGGGAAAGGUUAUUCAGAUGGUGGCCACCGCCCAAAGCUUUGCGGCCACAGCAAUGGGCAAGGAACCUCAAGCAACUAAGCACGGAUCGCCUUCCAAACCCGCAAAGCUCCAGAUAAUACGGGAAGAAAACGUUGUAGGUUUUGAUGACAAGGAAGGAAAAAUCAUCAGCUAUCUGCUGGAACCAAAGCAGGAAUUAGAUGUUAUCUCCAUCACUGGUAUGCCUGGGUUGGGGAAGACAACAUUGGCAUGGAAGGUAUUCAAGAACGAACACAUUAUCAAACGUGAAUUCCCAAAUCGAAUUUGGAUAUACGUCACUCAAACACCGAAUAUUCGGGAUGUGUUUCUCAACAUUCUCAAGGAAUUCACCAGCGAAGACAUGUCUGGUCUGAGUGAUCGUGCAUUGAUUGAGACGGUUCAACAGUACCUCAAGGAGCGAAAAUUCUUGUUAGUCUUGGAUGAUGUCUGGACUACGGAGGCUUGGGAUGCUAUCAGAGCAGUCUUGUCGAAGAGCAACAAUAUGAGUAAAGUCCUCCUCACCAGCCGUGAGAAGGGUGUUGGAGCGAAAGCUUGUCAACCAAGGCAACCGUAUGAGCUGCCCUUCCUGAAUGAUGACCAAAGUUGGGAACUUCUUCAAUAUGAAGUAUAUGGAAAGCUCAACGAGUGUCCUGAUGAUUUGAGAGUUGUUGGGGAAUGUAUAGCCCAUAAAUGUGAUGGAUUGCCACUUUCAAUAGUGGUGAUAGGAGGAAUUCUUUUGGAUCAAUGUACAAAAGACGAGGAAAUAAGUAAGAUUAGAGAAGCAUGGAGUAAUGUGUCCAAUGACGUGAGUGCAUUUUUAAAAAGAGACCUCAAGAAGGUAUCAGAUAUUGUUGAAUUAAGUUACAACAGAUUGCCUGAUGAUCUGAGAGAUUGCUUCUUAUAUUUGGCUGUGUUCCCUGAAGAUUAUGAGAUCUCUGCUUGGACAUUAACUCGCUUAUGGAUUGCAGAAGGAUUCAUACAAGGACAAAACUUGGAGGAAACUGCAGAGGAGAAUCUGAAAGAUUUGAUCAAUAGGAAUUUAGUGAUGGUUAGUAAAAGAAAUGCCAGAGGAGAGGUUAAAACAUGUCGGAUUCAUGAUGUGAUACAUGCAUUCUGUGGUUCAAAAGCUUCUCUCAAGCAGCAGAACUUGUUUCAAGAGAUGAAAUUUUCGAAUGGAGCUUUUGACCCUCCAACUUCUGAGAUAAAUCAAUACCGUCGUCUUUGUAUCCACUCUGAUCUUGAAAACUUCCUCGCUCAAGCAGAUAGAGAGAAGGCCACCCGCAUCCGAUCUCUUUUAUGUUUCAAUAAGGCACCCUCCAAAUUGCCUUCAAAAUAUGCACCAACCAUGGUUGAUGGGUUCGAUUUGCUCAGAGUUAUGGAAUCAAAGUCCAUCAAAUUGGAUCAAAUUCCUCGAGGGGUGACCAAGCUAUUUCACUUGAGGUACAUUACUCUAUCUGUUGAUACUCUGGAAACACUUGCUGAAGCCUUCUCCAAUUUGUGGAACCUUCAAACUCUUGUAAUCCACACAAGGUCAGAAUCACUCAAAAUCAAAGCAAAUAUAUGGUUAAUGAUACAGCUGAGGCAUCUGAAGACAAAAACAGUCAUUACACAAUUUGCGCAAGGGGGUGGCGAAGGCUGUAAAAAUCUUCAAACUCUGAGUAGAAUAUCGCCUGAAAAUUGCACCAAGGAUGUCUUCACCAGGGCCCCUCACCUAAGAGAUUGGGCAUUCAAGGAAAAUUAGCCAGUCUUUUCAAUACCGAUUCCUUGGGAAUGCUUAAUCAACUUGAGAAGUUGAAGCUGGUGAAUACAUCUCAUGAUUCAAAAUCCAGGGGGUCCAUGCGCUUUCCUGAGUUAAGAAGCUGGUUCCCGCCAAAACUCAAGAUGCUGUCUAUCACGGCUACAAACUUGGAUUGGAAGCAUAUGUGUACGUUGGCGAAGAUAGAAACUCUCCAGGUCCUUAAAUUGAAAAGCAAUGCAUUCACUGGUUUGUUUUGGGAGGCUGUUGGCGGAGGCUUUCUUGAUCUCCAUUUCUUGCUCAUUGAAGAAACAGAUUUAUUUCACUGGAAGGCCUCAAAUGUUAGUUUUCCCAGCCUUAGGUGUCUUGUGCUUAGAAAGUGCAAGGACCUCAAAGAAAUCCCCACGGGCGUGGCGGAGAAACUGGAGAAAUUGGACAUAGAGCAUCUCGGAAAAUCUGCAGUUGAGUCUGCCAGGAGAAUAGAGGAAGAGAAGAGAGCAAAUGCUGCCAGGUUCAAGCUCACCAUCGGUGCUGGAUGCGGGUGAUGCAAUAUAUCAGGUAACAUUAUUAGAUAACAUUUAACUGCCAGAGAACUCUUUAAAGCUGUUUGAAUGGAAAGAUGCAAUCCUUUCAUUGUAUUAGCGGCUUCAUGUUUCAGUGCAGGGAAUAAUGAAGUGAAGAAGUAAAUUGAUGAAGUCCGAGUGAUGGAGCCAGUCCUUCCCCCCCUCCGCCUAAUCUCUUUCCAUGGCACUUUCAUUUCUUUCCUACAAGUUUGCAUUGUGAUUUGCAGUAAUGUUUGUUUCUGUUGCCUAAAUUGCUGCUCUGUUGGACUCUCUUUCUCUGUCCAAGAUACUGUUCCACGGUUUUCAAGGACUCGUUUCUCUAGUCUCAUGGCUUGUAUUAAACUCAUCAUGUUUGAAUGCUGAUGAUGAUUUUGAUAAUAUGUCCAUCAAAAUAUUAACUAUGUAUAA